AUGGUCACUUUUCUCUGUCCAGGCUGCCUGUUGUUUAACAGGGCUAUCGUCAAUCCCCCCCAACUUUCCUGGUUGCUUGAGCAGCAAGAGAAUACCGCGGAGAUCAUCCUCACCGGCUCCUUCUCUGACAACAACAAGAAGAUCACAUCUGGGACCGUUGAGCAAAAGACCGGAAAGUCUACUGGUCCACUCUCUGUCUCAGAGCCGGUUGAGCAAAAGUUCCGUCCUACUACCUAUGCUGCAGCUGUUCGAGGAAAGCCUGGUGCUCAGAAGUCAAGCUAUCUAAAGGGCACCAUCGCCGAAGAUCAGCAGAUGCAACAGAAGAAUUUCCGUCAGCAGCACGGUGGACGAUAUGCAGGAAAACGGGGGUAA